AUGGAGGCACUAUUAUCAAAAUAUGGGGUUCAUCAUCGUAUAGCAACAGCCUACCAUCCCCAAACGAACUGCCUAGCAGAGGUUUCAAACAGGGAGAUCAAGUCAAUUUUGGAAAAAACGGUUCGACCCAACCGUAAGGAUUGGAGUCUUCGGCUCAAUGAUGCACUUUGGGCCUAUUGGACAGCAUAUAAGGGACCAAUUGGCAUAACCCCGUAUCGACUUGUUUUUGGAAAAGCAUGUCAUCUACUAGUAGAAUUGGAGCAUAAAGCUUAUUGGGCUAUUCGACAAUGUAACAUGGAGUUAGAGCCCGCAGGGAAGGCAAGGAAAUUGGACAUUCAAGAAUUGGAGGAAAUGAGCAAUGAUGCCUAUGAGAAUGCUCGAAUUUAUAAAGACAAAACAAAGUUGUUUCAUGACAAAAAUAUAGUUUAG